AUGCUGCCAACCCUCCUCCUAGCAGGAGCGUACCUCCUCGCACCAGCAACAGCAGCCCUGACCUAUCGCGGCGCGGACAUUUCCUCAUUAAUCGUGGAGGAAAAUGACGGAAUCUCAUACAAGAAUUCAGCGGGCACAACCCAGGUCUUGGAAAAGAUUCUUUCAGGCGCUGGAAUCAACUCCGUUCGUCAGCGUGUUUGGGUGAAUCCUAGUGAUGGCAGUUAUGAUCUAGACUAUAAUGUCAAAUUGGCCAAAAGGGUGCAGAAUCAGGGGAUGUCGACGUAUCUUGAUUUGCAUUAUAGUGAUACUUGGGCAGAUCCGAGUGCUCAGACAACUCCAUCCGGCUGGUCUACCACCGACAUCAGCACCCUAGCAUGGCAGGUAUACAACUACACGCUAGAAGUAUGCAACGAAUUCGCCGCCAACGACCUAGACGUCGAAAUCGUCUCCAUCGGCAACGAAAUCCGCAACGGACUCCUCUGGCCCCUCGGUAAAACAACCAGCUACAGCAACAUCGCUCGAAUCCUACACUCAGCAGCUUGGGGCGUGAAGGACUCCGAUCUAUCAACCACUCCCAAAAUUCUCAUCCACCUGGACAACGGCUGGUCAUGGGAUCAACAGAAAUACUUUUACGACACGGUGCUCGCAGCUGGAACGCUGGUCUCGUCUGAUUUCGACUAUAUCGGCGUUUCAUAUUAUCCGUUUUAUAAUAGUGCUGCAACACUGGCGUCGUUGAAGACUAGUCUUACGAAUCUGAAGUCGAAUUAUGGGAAGGAUGUUGUUGUUGUUGAGACUGAUUGGCCUUAUUCGUGUCCGUCGCCGGCUUAUGCUUUUCCUAGUGAUUUGUCGAGUAUUCCUUUCAGUGUUGCGGGGCAGCAGAGCUUUUUGACGAAGCUUGCGGCUGUUGUUUCGGCUGUGGGUGGGUUGGGGAUUUAUUAUUGGGAGCCGGCUUGGGUUGAUAAUGCUGGGUUGGGGAGUAGCUGUGCUGAUAAUUUGUUCUUUAGUUGGUCGAAUGAUCAGGUCAGGGCUAGUUUGAGUACGCUUGGUGGGUUGUGA